CAACUUCUAAAAAAAUGGCGCCAAGAUUUCCAAUCAAAACCGAGUACGCUCGUUCCAAUUUGAAACACAAAUACAGAAAAAUUGAAUCAAAAGCAUUAGAGAAUCGAAGAAUCGUAUCGCAUGGCAGAAAAUGGCGACGAUCUUCAUCGCCGUCCAGUGUUUUCAAUGCUCCACCAUGCAGGUGAAGCAACAGCGAAAGAGCGGGAAUAGGUGGAUCUGUGCAGUGUGUAACGAGAAGCAAUCACUGCAGAAGGUGUUUGCUCGAGCUUCUAUGGCUAAAGACGUCCGUAAAUUCGUACAGAACUUCAAUAUGUCUCGGAAAUAUGCGGAUGAACAGGCGAAAGCCGAUGAGCUCCUUGAUGGAGGAAUUGUUGACGAAGAUAAGCUUGACUGCAGCGCGAGGAGAAAAAGACGUAACGAUUGGAGUGAAUAUCUCGAUCCCGAGGAAGAUCGCAGCCAUAAUGGAAGAGAAAACGAAGGAGAAUUAGAGAGUGAAUCUACUGACGAAAAGAUUGUGACGGAGAUUCCGGAAGUUAAAACGAGGAAAUCUGGUUCAACGAGCUGUUCAAGGUGGUCGGAAGGAGAAGGAGAUGGAUUUUACAGACCAAUUUUCUCGAAGAGGAAACAUAUUGCCAAUAAUUUGAGCUCCCAAGAUGAGGUUCGAAACUGGGAGUCGACAUCAACAAUUCAGACAAUGAAAUGGAGUAAAGGCAACGAUGAACAAAUUAUCUCGAAGGCCAAGAACUUGAGUGCGCCUUUCCAGGACAAAAAGAUGAGCAAGAACAGUCAUAAAAUUGCAGAUGAGAUUCAAAACUGGGAGUUGCAAUCAGAAAUUGAAGCAUCAAAAGGGAGUAAAGAUAUGUCAAAGGAUGAUGAAAAUUCAAGGACGAAAACUAGCAUAUUAGCCAAGGUAAGAGGACCUUCUUCCAAGUGGAGUGAAUACAUAACUGAAGAAGACAACUGCAGAGGUAGAAAUGGAGAAAAUAUGGCAACAGACCAAUGCAUCGAUAUAUUGAAGAAGAUUAUAAAUGAUGAAAUUGUUGAUGACGAUAUCCAUCCUGAUUUCAAGUGACAAUGACUCUGCAAACAACAUUUUAUUUAGCAACUGUUGUUUCAGAGAUUUUUGGGUAACUUGCAUCUUUUUCCAGUAAAAUAUAAGUUUUUAAACACACACAACAUGUUAGUGCAUUGACCCUAUAGGGCUGAGAAGUAUGAGCCUUUGAUUAGAAGGCCUCAUGUUUCGUGACACGUGCUGCUUUGCCCCUCUCCCUAUCGGUUGAGCACACUCCUCCAUGUGAAAUAUUCAUCGGCUUUUUGGUUGUGACCAUUUCGUUUUAGUUAGUUGUCUAACUUCUAAUAAACAAAUGGAUUCUUUAUCGAUAAAGUACCAUACAAAUUUAUUAAUGCAAUGCCUCUUUGAGUGAGUAUAGAGGCCUUUGAACCAUGUUCAUUACCUAGACUCACCAUUAUUUCAUUUCAUUCAAUUUAUGGGUUGAAGCACCAAAGAAUAAAUACAUAUUUCAAAAAGUAUUCUGAAGCAAAUAAAAGAAGGUUUAAAACCAAGAACUUAAACAUCAUUCCAAACAAAUUCUUUACGAGAUCAAAUGCGUUAUCCCUUGGUGUAUAAUUUCAGACUAGAAAAUUAUUCCAAACUAACCCUGCAAGGUGCAACCAAUCGAAUCGAAAUGUUUCUUGUUUUU